AUGGAGCCGUCACGGCCACGAAGUCGCUGCUGCUUCGGCGUGGCCAUCAUCUGCGCCCUAGAAAUAGAAGCAGAUGCUGUCAAGGCCUUGUUCGACAAGGAUUGGGACAUGUCAGCUGGGCUACCAUACGACAAGGCCCCAGGUGAUCCCAAUAUCUACUCCCACGGCUCCAUCGACCGCCACAAUCUUGUGCUCGUCCGCCUACCAGGACCUGGGAAGGUCAAUGCUGCGAUUGGUGCUUCCAACUGCCGGGCCAGCUAUCCUAACGUCAAACUCGCCAUCGUUGUUGGCAUAUGCAGUACGGUGCCCUUCGCCUCUGACGGCAACACAAAGAUUGCCCUAGGCGACGUCAUCAUCAGCGAAGGUGUGACCGAGUACGACCUCGGGCAUCAAACCACGGAUCAGUUCAACCGGAAAGAGGGUCUCUUGCACGUGCUGGGCAGGCCUGUUUUGGAAGUCCGCUCGCUUCUCACGAAGCUCAGAACUCUCCGCAGUCGCAGGAGCAUGCAACGCAAAAUGGCAGACUGCCUUGGUGCCAUUCAGUACGCUCCUGGGAUGGCGGAAGGGACCUCCUUGCCAGAUCUGAAUCAGACAUUCCAUGAUCCCUGCUUGGCGCAUGAAGUCGUACGCUGCGAGGACUGCGGUUGCGGAGGGCAGGUCGGAUGGCACCAUCCUGUCAGCCGAGAGAUACACCCACCAACCGUGCACUUUGGCCUGAUAGCGUCGGGGGAUACUGUGGUAGGACCUCAAGAGAAGAUUGAUCUUGUUUUGCGCUCAGAAAGUAUCCUAGCCUUCGACACGGAGAGCGCUGGCGUCUGGGAUAUCUUCCCAAGUAUCGCCAUCAAAGGCGCAGGCACCUACGUAGACGGCACCAGGACAACAGGAUGGGACAGGCGCGCUGCAUCCACGGCAGCGGCAUGUAUGAAAGUAUUCCUGAGCCAUUGGACGCCUGUCUUGUGUUCACAGCACGAGGAAGAACCGUCGGAAUCCUUUGCUGUCAUGGAGCCCAACAACGGACCUUGGUUCAUUGUUCCGUAUACGAGAAACGAGAACUUCGUUGAGCGGACAGCCAUCAUGACGCAGCUAUGGCGGAAACCUUUAAUGGAGGCCUCGCAGUCCAGACUUUCGCUGUUUGGGCUAGGCGGAACAGGGAAAACACAAAUCGCACUGGAAUACGCAUACCGGUUCCGCGAGGCGAAUCCAGCCGCGUCUGUCUUCUGGAUCCGUGCCAAUACCCAUGAACAAAUGCACCAGUCCUUCAAAGACAUUGCACAAGAAUGUCAGAUUUCGGGCUGUGACGACCGUGAGGUUGAUCCACUGGUAAUGGUCUGUAAUUGGCUAAAGAAGACACAAAGUAACGUUUGGCUCAUGGUGAUCGACAAUGCCGACGACAUGCCAGCUUUGUUUCCGUCACAAGGGGGUAUGAUACGACCUGACAGUGAAAUGACCAGGAGCUGGCUGGGGCACCUCGUUCCUCAGUGUGCUCAUGGCUCGAUUCUCAUAACGACAAGCGACAAGGAAGCAGGCAUGAGGCUCAGCCAGGGAAAGAAACCCAUUGAAGUCGGCAUAAUGACUGCUAACGAGUCGGAACACCUCCUUCGCGGGACUUUAGACCAUGGAAGCUCUGACGAAUUGCACGCCUUGUCGUCGAAGCUUGGGCAACUACCAUUGGCGUUGGUCCAAGCCACGUACUUCAUCCAGGCCAACAGCCUUUCCAUCGCAGACUACAUCAGUCUCAUGGAAGAUAGUGACGAAAGCUGCUUUCGUCUUCUGAGCGAAGAGUUCGAGACCGUGGGGCGUGAGCCAGCAGCGCCUCGAGCAGUGGCGCAAUCAUGGAUUGCCUUGUUUCGGCAAGUUCAGCUUCAAGACGCUCUUGCAGGCGAACUUUUCUCUAUGAUGAGCUUUUUCCACCAUUCAAGCAUUCCGUUGGAGGUUUUGUGGAAAUGCAGCCUACAGGGACAUGCCCGAGACCCCGGAAGCAGAAUCGACUUCACGAAGGCGCUGGGGCGCCUCAAGGCAUUUAGCCUGGUCGUUGAAGAAAAACCUGGCUACCUUAGCGUUCACAGGCUGGUACACUUGGUCACACGUAUGUGGGUUCGCGAAGAGGGCAUAGCACAUCGUUUUGAGGAAGCUUUAUUUCUGGUAGUCGCAAGCGUGCAUCCCUCCAAUGCUGCGACGAGCCGGACGACUGGUGUUGACUAUGCCCCUCGCGCAAUCGCCCCUCGGGAAGCCGCAAUUGGCCUCACAGAAAAGAUCACACAGGGGAGGGCGUCUGCCAGUGACGGCGUUGCUGAUCAUACGCGAACGAAAGACCAGCACAUGUAUGCCAAUCAGGUAACUAAGCAUGCAGCAUGGGCAGAGGAAACGGAUGUCCCCAGGACAUUCGACGAUGAGCAUGUUGAUUCCCUAGUCUGCAUCAGAUCAGCAAUCAAUCAUGAAGAGCCUGGGUGGUUGACGGUCACAAAUGGGACUAGGAAGCCUGGGAUUUACGAGGCUCACGCAGAUGAUUGA